GAGGCUUCGAGGGAGAUGAAAUGGCUGCAAUGGCUCGCUGUCCAUCGAUUCCAUCUAUAAACCCAGCUCAUAGCUCCCGUCAUCAGUUUCCGCAACCCAAUGCGUCAUUCUUCUUACCUCCCACUCUACCGAAUUUUUUGCGUGUUCGGAGAUGUGGAAUUUCCGGCGGAAAUCGCCGCCGUGUGAUCACCAUGGCAGCUGGAACGGAUCACUACUCCACUUUGAAUGUGAACCGCAACGCCACCUUGCAGGAGAUCAAGAGCUCGUAUAGAAAACUCGCUCGCAAGUAUCACCCGGAUAUGAACAAGAACCCUGGUGCAGAAGAUAAGUUCAAACAGAUUAGUGCUGCUUACGAGGUAUUAUCUGAUGAGGAGAAGAGAUCUGCAUAUGAUCGAUUCGGCGAGGCAGGUUUAGAAGGAGAUUUUAAUGGAUCACAGGAUACUUCACCAGGGGUGGAUCCAUUUGACUUGUACAGUGCAUUCUUUGGAGGUUCUGAUGGAUUCUUUGGGGGAAUGGGUGAAUCAGGAGGGAUGGGUUUUGAUUUCAUGAAUAAGAGAAGCCUAGACCUUGACAUUCGGUAUGACCUGCGGUUGAGCUUUGAAGAGUCAGUUUUUGGAGUAAAACGGGAGAUCGAGGUUUCUUAUUUAGAAACAUGUGAUGGUUGUGGAGGAACAGGUGCUAAAUCCAGUAACGCCAUUAAACAGUGUAGUAGUUGUGAUGGUAAAGGACGUGUGAUGAACUCUCAGAGAACACCCUUUGGAAUUAUGUCUCAGGUGUCCACUUGCUCCAAAUGUGGUGGUGAAGGCAAAAUCAUCACUGAUAAGUGUCGAAAGUGCAUUGGCAACGGGAGACUACGGUCUAGGAAAAAAAUGGAUGUUGUUGUCCCUCCUGGUGUCAGCGAUAGAGCCACAAUGCGAAUGCAAGGAGAAGGUAACGUAGACAAGAGAAGUGGAAGAGCUGGUGACUUGUUCAUCGUACUUCAAGUUGAUGAGAAGCGUGGAAUUCGGCGGGAAGGGCUUAAUUUAUACUCCAAUAUCAACAUAGAUUUCACAGAUGCUAUACUUGGGGUGACCACAAAGGUAGAAACGGUUGAGGGAACAAUGGAUCUUCGAAUUCCGCCAGGAACUCAGCCUGGCGACACCGUUAAAUUACCUAGGAAAGGAGUUCCAGACACAGAUAGACCUUCAAUCCGGGGAGACCAUUGCUUUGUAGUGAAGGUUUCGAUCCCCAAAAAACUGAGCGAGAGGGAGCGCAAGUUGGUAGAGGAGUUCUCGUUGCUCAGAAGAUCUAGUAGUAGUACUGGACCUAAUGAAACUCGUCAAGAGGAGCAUAGUUUCGGCUCAAAGCCCAGAAAAGAACCACCGUCUUUGUGGCAUAAAAUGAAGAAUUUCAUAAGACCAGAAGAUUCAAGAACGAAAUUUGGGACUAUGAGCUUGAACCCAACGUUACCACUACGAGGAAUGAAAGUGUCAGAGACUUCAAUUGUUCUCUCAGUCUUGGCUCUCUGUGUUAUAACCUCGGCUGUUACAUUAGUUCAGGGUAAUCGCUCGAAACAAAAGAAAGAAACUUAAUGCUCCACCAUUACUCUAGGAUUUACAUAUUUGUCUUAUUCAGAUCCAUUGUACGAUUAUAUUUUUGUCAACGUGACAAUCAAAAUUUAUUUAGUUU